ACGCACACACACACACCCGCCUGUGUUCUUAAGUAUCCCUCUGGCGUCAGUUUCCACUAGUAACGGACGGGAAUCGUAAUGAGUGUCUCUGGCAGAAUUACAGCCGAUCGGAAGGGGGAGGCUCCCUCGGGCUGCUUGCAAACUGCUCCCGAGAUGAUAUAGUCUGCUUUAACCUGGUGUAGCAGCCGCCAGCCUGUUGGUUUUGUCGUGUGUCGCACCAACGUUCUGCUAUAGAAGAAGUUCAAUGGCAGGUCGCCGGAGGAGAGCCACCGAGGGAGAGACCACCAGCCGCGCGGCCGCAAGGGCUGCUGCCAUCGCCGAUCUGUUGCGCAGUGAAUGUGGACUCCUACUGGAACUUUAUAGGAAGAAGGAGAGCCUUGGAACUGAUCUGGUCCUGCCUGACCUGUUGCUGGUCUCUGUCCCGCCCGCCUCCUCCCAGCUGGAGGUCCAAGACCAGCUGGGGCGCAUCAUCUCCGCCCUGGAUCAGUGUCACUGCCUGUUGGAGCGGGCCAUCGCCCGGGAAGAGCAGGCAGUCGGGGUGACAGUGGUGGGGAAGGCUGAAUACCAGAAGCAGAGGAAGACGGUGAAGGACAGGCUGGCGCUGCUUCUCGGCAGCACGCGGGGGGUCCUAAAGCGCUUCAGUGGAACUGCAGCCCUGACGACCACCACCAACUGUCAAGAGCCGGACGGGUCCACGGUGCUGUUUGAGGUGAAGAUGUGGAUCUACCGGAUCUACGGGGAGCUGGAAUACUGGAGCAAGGCCGCCAUCACCCUCCUGCAGGCGCUGGCCGGGCCGGGGUCCGUCCGCAUGUCCACCAGGAGAAGGAGGAACAUGCAAUAAGGGAGGGAGGGAGAGGAGUGCAGAGGGUUGGAGAAAAUGGAAAAGAGGAGAGGGGUGUGUGUGUGUGUGUGUGUGUGUGUGUGUGUGUGUGUGUGUGUGUGUGUGUGUGUGUGUGUGUGUGUGUGUGUGUGUGUGUGUGUGUGUGUGUGUGUGUGUGUGUGUGUGUGUGUGUGUGCGCGCAGGGGAUUGCCAGGGCAACAGAAAGGAGUUUUGCGAGGUUCUGAUCAGGAGGAGGUGUUUUAUCCCCUGGUGCAACAAGAGGAACAAAGAAUGUGAAGACGACCCUAAUCUUGAACUAAAACAGUCUGUGAAGAGUGAGCGAGAGCACAAAUAUAAUUUGACACUUUAGGUGUAUUGCUAGAUAAAGUAGACAGCUUCAGAAGAAAGAGCAAAAAUAGUUCAAGGAAAACGGUCGUCCUGCACUUGAGAAUCGUAUAACAUUAAAUUUUCAGCAUUAAAUGCAUAAAGUGAUUUGAUACACAUUGUUGCUGGUUAUGGUCACAUGGUUAUAUACCUGAAGGCAGGCUAUCUUGUUUGUUUUAUAUUUCUUUCUUUCUUAUUCUUUCUUAAUUUUUUAUGGUUAUUUUCAUAUUUCAAAUGUCAUGCUUUGGAUGGGAGGAAAAGUCAUUGGUCAAAAUUAUCGUAAAUUGGCUUUCCAUUCAUUUGAGUGAAAUGUAUUUAAUUUUUUUAAUUUAAUUUGGAUAAUUUAAGUUAAUGUCAUUCUGUAGGUCAUUUUUUUAAGUAACUCACUAACAUGGGGGACAUGCUUUGUUACAUCCAAAAUUCCAAGUUCGUUAUAAAGGUAGGUCGUAUCUUUGUGAUUCAUGUUUGAAAACUAUGGUUUAGCAUUACUUGAACAACUCCGCCAUCCAGUGGCAUUUAUUUAAGGGGGCGUAUGUAAAAUAGCGCCAUCUGCUGUUUGUAAUGCACAUUGCUUUAUCUUUGUUCUGACGUUUAUUUAUAUUUCUUCACUGUUUACUUACUGACGAACUUCCAAGGACCAAAGAUACAAAUCUACAAUUAUUGAUUAUUUAAAAGAAAUAAAGAAUAGAAUAUA